AUGCACCGUUUAUUAAUAAUUACGUUUCCUCAUUGGAUUCAAUUGAUAGCCUACGGCGCGUUGGCUACUGCUGCCAGUUGCCUCUUAUUAGAUGGACUUUUUGACAAACCGGUAAACGAAUCAACAAAUGUGAUCAGAAACAUUGAUAAUCAAUCGGUAUGUAAAUCUCGUAUCAAAGUAUUUUUUUUUUUCUUCAUAAUCUUGUUAAUAGUUCUAAUAAAAUGAAAGUGUUUCAGCUCUCCAUACCCCCUAGGGGGGGCAUGGUGUACAGGGGGUAACAGGGUUGUAUAAUAGCUAUCGGAGCUUAGUUCCUAAUUCUGACAUCCGGGCUUUUAAAUGUUACUUAACUGAAGUAAAAUAAAAUUAAUUAUAAGACUUAAUCGAUAUGACAAUGAUAAGAUAUUUGUAUGUAUAUAUUUAUAUUGUAUGCGUCCUUACGUUGCUCUGUGUAAAUCAACUAUCGAUAUAUUAGUUCCAUUGUGUGUGCGUGUGUGUGUGUGUGUGUGUGUGUGUGUGUGUGUGUACGGGUGAUAUUAUAUUAACAUAUCCUAAUUAGAAAUAAUCGAAAUAACAAAAAGUAAGCGUUUAGCAAUUUUGAAUGGUUAUCAAAUAAUAAAAUACAGACGAAAUAAAAACGUGCAGCUUGAGUGUGUCUGAAUAAAAAAAAAAAAAACGAUGUGAUAACACGUUUCCUAAACCAAUAAAAGUGUGAAGGAAAGUUUUAUUUUAGUUUAUUGCACUAGAUAUUAUUUUGAAUCAUUAAUGUCGUAAAAUUAGACAGUAUAGUUAAGUAAAAGAAAAAAUCUAAGUGGCCGCAAAUGUGCCGACAGCAUCUGUACCGACCCGUUUUCGGGAGCAAGACCUUAACCGAGACCGUGGAAAAGAGGGUGUAUGCGGUGCCUACGCCCCGGGAGCAUUAUCCGGGAGGGCGCGAAAGUACCCUAAGAAAACCUAUAUUAAUAAUACGUUAAAAAGAAAUUAGUAAACAUCAAAUUUAAAAUUUAAAAAAUCCAAUAGUGAAUAUGUGAUAGUUGCACAAACACUCAUUUGAUUGUAGUUUGUAAAAAUAUUUAAGCUCUCUUAGUUUUCAUCAGAAACUGGAGUUCGUCAGGACACACUGGGUGAGAUACUCGGUUGCCACGUUCGUGGAUUUUAUUAAAACCGAUGUUUUGCGAUCAAACGGUGUACAAAAUAUGACAAACACAAUAAUCUUAUUCCAAGACCUAAAGUAUCUUAAAAUACAAAUAUUAUUGUAUUGAUAUUUUGUAGAACCGUACCAAAAGAUCCAUGAUAUCAGAUACUCAAUAUCGCGAUGUCGGAUACACCAAUGACUUUCCGAAUUCGUACGGUAAAAAUUGCUUUUCUACUUACGACCAGGACUAUUAUAUCAUAGCCAAAUCGGCAUUUGUCGUUUUAAUGAGCAUCGCCUGUUUCGGACUGUUCGUCAUAAUCGUAAUAGCUUACAAAAAAUUCUGCACGUGUAAGCGCAACUGCAAUUCUAAAUGCCGUCAGUGUAAUUUCAUCGAAGACAACGAAAAUGAUUGUUUCAGCUUAAACAACCCUUGA